AUGACGAACAAGGUGCUGGCGGCGGUACAGGACCUCCAAAAACAGCAUGGUGAGGCCGGACAGACGGCUGGUGGGGCCGCCGGUGGUGGUGCCCAGAGCUCGGAUAACAAUUCGCGCACCAACCUGAUCGUCAACUAUCUGCCACAAACGAUGACAGAGGAGGAAAUCCGAUCAUUGUUUUCGAGUGUCGGUGAGGUGGAAAGCGUGAAGCUGGUGCGGGACAAGAACGUGAUCUACCCCGGCCAGCCGAAAGGUCAAAGUUUGGGCUACGGCUUUGUCAACUACCACCGGCCACAAGACGCUGAGCAGGCGGUGAAUGUGCUAAACGGACUGCGGUUACAGAACAAGGUACUGAAGGUGUCGUUCGCGCGUCCCAGCUCGGAGGGCAUCAAGGGUGCGAACCUGUACAUCUCCGGACUACCGAAAACGAUCACACAGGAAGAGCUGGAAACGAUUUUCCGACCGUACGGUGAGAUCAUCACGUCACGCGUCCUCAUCCAGGAAGGCAACGAUAAACCGAAGGGUGUCGGUUUUAUUCGGUUUGACCAGCGCAAGGAGGCGGAACGUGCCAUCCAGGCACUGAACGGUACUACACCGAAGGGUCUCACCGAUCCAAUCACAGUGAAGUUCUCGAACACGCCGGGCCAGAAUGCGGCGGCUAAGGUUGUGCAGCCCGCACUGCCCGCCUUCCUGAACCCACAGCUGACCCGUCGGCUUGGUGCGAUUCACCAUCCGAUCAAUAAGGGCCUGGCACGGUUUUCGCCGAUGGGUGGUGAGGUUCUCGACAUGAUGCUGCCCGCUGCACCCACCAAUGGUCUAAACGUAGCUCCGUCCGGUGGAUGGAGCAUAUUCAUCUACAACCUUGCGCCGGAGACGGAAGAGAACACACUGUGGCAGCUGUUUGGACCGUUCGGUGCGGUGCAGAACGUGAAGGUCAUCAAGGAUGCGGCUACGAACCAGUGCAAGGGUUACGGAUUCGUCACGAUGACCAACUACGAAGAGGCGAUGCUGGCCAUCCGCUCACUCAACGGGUACACGCUGGGUCAGCGCGUUCUACAAGUCAGCUUCAAGACCAACAAAUCAAAGUAA